GCCUCACGUGUUUAUGCGUGCCAAAAUGCAGUCGACGCCGUACUAUGAAUAUGUAAUGCCUUCAGUGACGCUACACUUAUUCUUAGACGACCGCAGUAGUAUUUGCUCGCUUGUUACAGUCGCCACUACGUCCAACCAUCAGAAGGUUGGAAUUUCUCAAAAUAUCUACUCAUUGUUCUUUAUUGGCUCGUGACUCAACCUUAGCCUUAGGUGCUUGGUAUUCGCUUAUUAAGUAAUCGAAAAAAAAAAGAAAAACACAAAAACGCCAUAAACGAGAAUCAAUCAAAAUGCGGGUAAUAUGAUUGCCGUGAAGUAUCUGUGAUGACAAUUGUCUGCGGGAGUGUUCAUGUUGCAUGUUGACGAAACUCGAUAGGAGACGGAAGAAUGUCGCAAUUACUUAAAUUAACAAAGAAGUCGUGUCUGAAGAUUUUUCGCAAAAUUGCACCUCUCAAGCCGACGUCUGCGCAGAAACUUGAAGAGGAAGACGAAAUCUCCAAUGAUCAACACGGCGUGACAUCGUCUUAUGAAGAAGCGUCGGCUUCAGUACCACAACACCCGUUAGAAAACGAACUUUAUACAAAAUCACACAACCUCAAUGAAAUUAAAACCGUCCAAGAGUGCGAAACGUCAUCAGCCUAUGAGGCUGAGGUGGAAAACUCUAGUCCGACCGACCUUGAAAAUACAAAGAUAUUCCAGUGCCUGACGUCGCGACUAUUUUCAGUUUCCGACGGCUACGAGUUUCAACGAUUACAGCAACUGCGCAGCGACACUGUCUCCGAGAUAGUGGCGUACGAGCCGGAAUUUGCAACAAGCGAGAUUGUAUUCGAAAAAGUCAAGUACAAUAAGCACGUGCGCUAUUUCCGGCGCACUCCGUCCAGCGUGAGCUUAGAUGACGUUGAUGACCGCGUGUACAAUGAGAGCAUACGCUGCGCUGAUCCAUUGGCUAAGCUGCCCAAACGAGCUCACAGUGCCGCCGCAGCAAGUCAACUCUGCUACAAUGACAACGGCAACCACCAACCCUCAACCGUCCAAUCUAUUCCACAGAAUAUACCCGUAUAUGUGCCUAUGAAUGUAAUGAGCUUAGAAAUCAAGAAUCCUGGAAAAUUCGAGAGUGUUGUAAUUGCGGAGCAGCGCGACCGCUUUGACAAAAUGAUGCCUAUUGUGAAAUGGGACAUAAAUGGCAAUUCGCUGGACGACGAUUUUUACGUAGGUGGCAGUUGGAAUGAGUCUAUGGACAUGAAUUGGAAUAGUUCGGUCGAAAAACCGAUUUCCCAAUUUAAAUUAGAUAUUGAAUCGCAAAAGUCCAGCUUUCGCUCCAGUUCGACGACGCUGGAAACGUGGUUGGAGGAAGAUUUGUUGGGGAGUUCUCUCAAUGAGCGACGCCAAUUUGCGGCCAAUCUAUUUCGGCCCAAGGUGUAAAAUGAAGCACAAGGCCGCGGGCUACAAAUUUGUGAAUUCAGUGUAUUAAUACAAGUAUUUCAUAUUAUUUUAUUUGCUAUAAAAAAAACAAUUAUAUCUCCUGCAUAAAUACGGACUUGGUAUUCGUAAAGCUUAUAUUUAUAUUAAAACUUUGUACCUACAAAUACGAGUAUGUCUAAGGAUCAAACUGUGUCUUAAAUUAAGCAAUAAUAUUGUAAUGAUUAUUUCGAAUAUAUUUUUCAUCUAUAA